AUGAAGUUUGGAAAAGAGUUUGCAUCACAAAUGGUGCCAGAAUGGCAAGAAGCAUACAUGAACUACAACUAUCUCAAGACACUUUUAAAACAAAUCUUGAAAAGUCGACAGAAGAUGUUGAAUAAGUUGAAGUCGAGAUUGAAAGAGUCUUCUUUGAGGAGAAAGAAGUCUCUUUUUAGAACAUUUAGUGGUCUAACUAGUCAUACAAAUAGCAAAAAAAAUGAUAUGCAAGUUGUUGAUGAUGAUCAAGUGAUUAUAAUUAGUGCAAUGCAACAAGCGGAUGAAGAACAAGGCAAACAAUAUCUGCCUUGCCAGACUAGUUUUUUUAAGUUGUCGGAAGAAGGGGGCGACUUGGAGAGUAAUUUCUUUGCAUGCCUUGAUAAUGAGUUCAAUAAAGUUGUGAACUUUUAUACAACAGAAGUCAAAAAAGUGGUCAAGCAUGCUGAGGAUUUAAAUAAAGAAAUGGAGAAUCUCAUUGCCCUUCGAAUCAAAGUGCAUAAUGUCUCUUCCUCCACCAUUGAAACAAAUACAGGCUCAAAUUCAUUGGAGGUAAUUCAAGAAUCUACAAUCAACGCUAAACCAGAAACGACACCCAUGUCCACCGUGAAUAAUUACAACAAAAAUGAACUCAAAGAUAAACAACAGAAGUUGAAGAAGGCUUUUAUUGAGUUCCACGUGAACCUUCGUUAUCUAAAGAAGUACAGCACCAUGAACAAACUCGCCUUCUCCAAGAUAAUGAAAAAGUACGAUAAGAUCACGUCAAGAAAUGCAGCGGUUACAUACUUACAGAUGGUUGAAGAUUCUUACUUAAGCCAAUCUGAUGAGGUUGCUAAGCUCAUAACAAGAGUUGAGGCAACAUUCAUAAAACACUUCUCGAACCAAAAUCGUGAUCAAGGAAUGAAAAUCUUAAGGCCAAAAUCUAAACGAGAAAAGCAUCGGGUUACAUUUUUUGUUGGUUGCUACUUUGGAUGCUCGUUAGCACUUAUAGUCGCAAUCAUUCUAAGUAUACGUAACAGAGAUUUUCUCAAAAGUACAGAACAAAUAAAGUACAUGAAUACCAUGUUUCCAUUAUACAGCAUGUUUGGAUUUCUUGUGUUACAUAUGCUAAUGUAUGCUGGAAAUGUUUACUUUUGGACACGUUAUCGAGUCAACUACUCCUUCAUAUUUGGAUGCAAACCGGGUACAGAACUGCGUUUUAAUGAAGUUCUACUCAUUAGUUCUGGUCUGUCAGUACUCAUUCUUGCGGCUAUGCUCGCAAACCUUGAAAUGGACCUGGAUCCAAACACUCAAACUUACAAAACAGUAACUGAAUUACUCCCUCUAGGCUUACUCACUGCCAUACUUUUGAUAGCACUCUGUCCAUUCAAUAUUUUCUAUCGGGCAUCCCGUUACUUCUUCUUGGUCCAUUUAUGGCAUUGCAUUUGUGCUCCUUUUUAUGAGGUCACUCUCCCUGAUUUUUUUCUGGCUGAUCAGUUUACAAGCCAGGUCCAGCUAUUUAGGAGUUUGGAGUUCUAUGCAUGCUACUAUGGCUGGGGGGAUUUCAAAAGGAGGGAUGCACAAGCUUGCAUUGAUAGCGGUAUUUAUGAAAACUUUUCAGUAUGUAUCGCUGUUGUCCCAUAUUGGAUUCGGGCUCUACAGUGCGUAAGACGCUACUUUGAAGGGAAAGAUUCGACACAAGCUCUGAAUGCACUUAAAUACUUCUCUACCAUUGUUGCUGUUGUUUCAAGGACACUCUAUGAUCAAAGGAAAGGAAUGACCUUAAAAAUACUUGCUGCAUCUACCUCCGGAAUCACAACGAUUUUUGUUACCUACUGGGAUCUAUUUUUGGAUUGGGGUCUGUUAGAUAAAAGAUCUAAGAAUCCAUGGUUAAGAGACAAACUCAUUCUGCCUAACAGAUCUAUCUACUUCAUAGCAAUGGUAGUGAAUGUGAUACUGAGACUUGCCUGGAUGCAAACUGUACUAGAUUUCACUGAAGCCCCUUUUCUCCAUAGAAAUGCUCUGAUUGCAAUAACUGCGAGUUUGGAGAUUAUUCGGCGUGGCAUUUGGAACUUCUUCAGGUUGGAGAAUGAGCAUUUGAACAACGUUGGAAAAUACCGAGCUGUCAAGACAGUGCCAUUACCUUUUAGCUACAAGGACGAAAACAAGGAUGUGUAAUUCAAUUCGUUUAUACAUAUUGGAACAUUUUCAAUUCAUAAUAUGUCAUUUUACAUACUAUUAAUUAUAAGGAGUACAUAUAGAUUGAAACAAAAAAUAUACAUAUUUUAAAGGAAUUUAUCAUGGAAAGAUUAACGUAUUUUCUCA